AUGACAGGAUCCAUUUUUACGCAAAAGGCAACUGAGAAUUUAAUUCAAAUUGGUGUUCCAUCAAUUGAACGUCCAUUUGGAAUAUAUUUAUGGCCCAUUUUCAACAAGGUAUUUGAGUUGGUCAUUGGAUACCCAGCUGAUGAUUUCGAGUUUAUUUACCACAAGACGUUUUUAGCUAAUGGUUACCAUGCCAUAAGUAUAAUUAUUGUUUAUUAUAUUGUCAUUUUUGGAGGAAGGGAAAUCAUCAACAGGUUUAAGUUGCCAGCUUUGAAGUUGAACUUUUUGUUCCAGUUGCACAACAUUGUUCUUACCUUGUUGUCGUUGAGUUUGUUGUUGUUGUGUAUUGAACAAUUGGUGCCAAUGUUGUAUCAUCAUGGAUUGUUUUACGCUAUUUGUGACAAGGGUGCAUUUACUCAGAAAUUGGUUACUUUGUACUACUUGAACUAUUUAACCAAGUUUUUGGAAUUGAUUGAUACCGUGUUUUUGGUGUUGAAGAAGAAGAAGUUGUUGUUUUUGCACACUUAUCACCAUGGAGCCACUGCCUUGUUGUGCUAUACUCAAUUGACUGGCUCAACUUCCGUGGAAUGGGUGCCAAUUACUUUGAAUUUAGCUGUGCACGUUGUCAUGUACUGGUACUACUUCCUUAGUGCUAGAGGCAUCAGAGUAUGGUGGAAGGAAUGGGUGACAAGAUUCCAAAUUAUCCAAUUUGUUCUUGAUUUAGGUUUUGUUUAUUUCGCAACUUACACUCACUAUGCAUUUUCUUAUUUCCCAAGUUUACCACACUUUGGAGAUUGUCAUGGAAGUGAAUUGGCUGCUGCUUAUGGAUACUUGAUCUUGUCUUCGUACUUGGUUUUGUUUAUCAGUUUCUACAUUAAGGUGUACAAGAGUAAAGGUGGCAAGAAGCCAGUCAAGGUGGAUGAAGUUGCUAAAGCUGCUGACGAUGCCGUUAGUAGUGGUACUAGCUCUGGUGUUGAUACCGGUGCCAGAAAAGUCAAACCAAGAAAAGCUUGA